UUCUAGUUUCUUCUUGUAAAUAACUGAGGAUUUUUGUACGCGAUUUUAUGUCUAAAUGUAUGCGUGUGUGUCUACAAUAUAAGAUCGAUACCAGUGCUAGGUCUUCUUGGUAGUAAUUAAAUAAAGUCUCUUACUUCACCCCGCAAAAAUGCAGACCAACAUCCCUCUACCACUAAAACCCGUUAAAGGAAAUCAGUUGGAGGACCGGCGACUCUGGGUUGGAAAUCUUGACUUGAGAAUUAAUGAGUACCAACUCCUGAAACUCGUUCAAAAAUAUGGAACGAUCGAAAAAUUUGACCUGCUCUUCCAUCGGUCGGGUCCACAAGCUGGUCAACCAAGAGGCUAUGCCUUUGUCACAUAUAGAACAGCAGACGAUGCUGAAAAAGCAAAGUUUGCACUGCAUAACCUACGAGUUGGAGCAAAAAGUAUCGUAGUUAGAUGGGCUCAUAGUGUAAACGAAAUGGAGAUUGAUAAACCAAAACCACAAAUAGAUAUACCUGCAUUAGCAGGUGCUAAAAAAGUAGACAAGAGAAUUAGUCGAGAAACAGCUAUACAAGCAAUUGAAGCAAAAUUAAAGAUGAUGAAGGAAUCAGAAGAGGAAUUUGAAUUAAAUAAACCUUUAGAUGGUGUACCAAUUAUACAUCAAUAUCAAAAACCUGACAGUCAAAAAGCAUCUACCUCUGCCAGGUAUCAUUAUCAGAGCCGGGGAAGCCGGUAUAACCAGAGACCAUACAGUCGGCCUAGGUCGAGAAGAUAAUCACAACUAUUUGUCAGAUUACCACCUUCAAACCACAUGACAAUGUUUGAAGUUAUCUUGAAUCUGUACUGCUUUAACAUAACUCUUACAAUUAAGUUAAUUAUUUGUUUCUUAUCAUGACAUGCAAGUGUAAAUUGGACCAGUUGAUAGUGUCACUCGCUGCAAUUCAGCUUAAGAGUGAAUCUGCCAUGCACCAUUGUACUUAAUUCUUAAGUGAACAAAAACUGCUUCCUAAACGUAUGCGUGUUCAUGUGUGUAUGUGUGUACGCAUGUGUGGGAAACAGAGAAACGAUUAGAAUGUUUCUCAAUUGACUGUUAAUUUAGAUAUUCUUAAUGACUUGUACACUGUAUGUACCAUCAAAGUACAUGUAUUUUGGUAUAUCGUCACUGUACAAAGAUUUUUUGUAUAUUAAAUAAGUCUAAUUUGAA